AUAAAGGGUUGAGACCAGGCAUAUCGAAUAUUUAGUGGAUCAUCUGAAAAUCUAUCCUGUAAGCUGCAACAUCGCGCCUUUAUAAUUCUUAUCAGUUCAUCGGAAGCAUGUAAGGACGAUAUUCAGUACUAUCAGCGAAUAGGACCACCCAAAAGCUUCAAGGGGAUUUACCGAAUUAUACAACAUAGCCAAGUGUGUCGUUUUUGCCCAAUUUUGACAGCCGAUUUCACGACGACUUCGGCUUACGUCUCGUUCAUAAGAUAUCACAGCUCGCACCAACUCCGUUGAUGCGUCUAUUCGCCGUCAUAAAGAUAAAUGGCUCUCUUCAUCUAGAAAAGGGCCGUAAGAACCUCUAUCACGUCGUCCGCAUUAAACCUCAGCUGUCAGGAGAAAAUGUCAUGGUUACCGUUUAUUUGACAAUUUCCUGACAACUUACCGCCACGAGUUGCUGCUACUAUUACAUCUACCUAAAAGUGCGACGACAGAGCACCAAUUUGGAAAAUCGGAAUGCUGUGAUUAUAGUGACAUUGUUGUGUGACAGCCUACGAGGAGCUGAGGUUACAUGUGUCUGCCUGCCUGUCGCCUCCCCUUCCCUGCACUUCCACUACCCCUCGCCCCCUAACUUCUUGAUUUGGUAAAAAAAAAUUGCCAUUGAUUGUGACAGUAUUGAUACAUCGGGACUAUUUAUCAGAAACUGCUUCUUUGCCACUGUGAAAGCUUACUGGAAGAGGAGAUCUUACCUGGCUUUCGUCGAUCAGUGGGAAGGGCUACGAAACACUCUCCGCUACGAAAUUAAGCAUGGCGUUAUUAUGUUCGCGACGGUUCUUGCUUUGGGCUAUUUCGAUAACGAUGCUCGUAGCCAUUGCAACCGCCAUUGCUUCUUUGACUCUAACUGGAGCCUUCUCAAAAUCCAUCGAUGACCCUAUACCGCAACAGGUAAAUCGCGACCCCGAAGGGUAUACACUCGAGCAUGUGACCAUUCUACAUCGACAUGGAUUGCGAGCGCCAGCUCAACUUUCCAAUUGGAGCACUGCUGAUGACUAUCCUAUGGGAAUCGGCUUUUUAACGAAAAAGGGAAAGCAAGGUUCUGCUUUUGUUGGACGCGUAUUUCGCCGUUUUUACCGGGAUUUUCUUACAUAUUCUCCCCACGAGGUCUGGGCUCGUAGCUCGACCUAUAAACGAUGCUUCGAAACCGAGCACAUCCUUCUUGGUACAAUGUACCCGCCACAUGGAGAUUGGGACUUCGGUUUUCCUGUUCAGCCGAUAGCUAUAAUAAUGGUACCCCAGGGAAAUGACGUGCUCAUCGAAUCCUGUAAAGCGGAAGUCCUUCCCGACUUUAAGCACAUCCAUGAUGAAACAGAUGAAGCGCUUGUGAAGGACGGGUUUGCUUCAGCUGGCGAUUUCAUGGCUUGGAUUAGUGAAGUUUCUGGGUACUCUUCUAAUAAUUCUUCAUUUUACGAGCCUAUUAUCGAUGCACUGUAUGCCCAGAAAUACAAUGAACUUCCCAUUCCUAAAUGGGCGGAAUCGAAGUGGAGUUCUAUGGACUGGGCCAUGCGCAGGUUGAGCUACGAUUACUGGAUUAAUUUCAUUCCUUACUACGGGCAAUACAUGGGCAAGACGAUUGCUGAGCGUAUGACGGCGGCAGCGAACAAGUCGAUCAACGAACGUCUUUCGAUUAUGUCUUACCAUGAUACAACUAUUCAGGCUCUGAUGAGUGCUUUGCAACUUGAAUAUGUGCGCCUGUACCCAUCUUUUCUUGGAGCGUUGCACUUCCAGCUCUACAAACGGAAGUCAGAUGGGGAACGCUUCGUCCGCACCAUGUAUCACCAAGGCUUCACCACUGAGGGCGAAUACCGUAAAGCCGAUGAGCUUAAGCUACCGGACUGCUCGUUUCCAGAUUGUCCAGUUGGCAAAUUUGUUGAACUUAUAGGAGUUAAUGUACGAGUUUCGCGCGGCCGAUCCGGGUAUGGCGAUCAAAACGACCUAAAGAAGGACUCGUUGCGUACAGAACUGCGUCAUGCUUGUUUAGUAAUGAAGAAUGUUCCUAUGCCCCACUAAUUAAUAAAAUCCAGAUGAAAUCUCCUUCGUUUACCGGUUUCAUCUUAACAGAAUACGUUUCCUAGUAGUCAGUUCUAACGUAUCAGUACUGCCAUAAUCGAUGAUAACUUUUCUUCAAAUAUAUAGGUUAGAAGGUAACACUGCAGCAUGAAAGCAAUAAGAAUUAUCAAGUGUAAUGUAGCAAGUGUAAUGGUUCCAACGUACUUUUUAAUUCCGUGUACGAGCAAAGUGUUUCACGAAAUUGUGGGUGCAUCUUUACGUAAAGUCACUAUUCUUUUGCUUCCACUAUAACUUCAUGAACCAUUAUAGUCAAAGUAUGCGAUAAAAAAACCAAUUCCCGUUGCUUAGAAGUUCACUAAUACAAUUAGGAUGAUCUAUUUAAUUACGUAUUUCCUGGUUUACUCACUACAAGGAUCUUUAAAUAAUACCUUAUAUUAUUUGACGGCUAGAUGUUUCGCAGAUACUUACGAUAGUAAUAUUGCGAAGCUCAGUGCAUUUUCUCUCUAUACCCAGAAACACAGGUCAUACUAUCGCCAUAUUUUCGCAGAUGAAACAAUGAACUGUCACUAAAGUAAAAACAGCAUUUCGCUGGAGGUCUUUUUUACUAUAAAGAUCAUAUAUGGACUUCCGGAA